CAUUUAACCCAACAUGUAGAUCGACCUGCCCACCUAUAAAUUGGGGCACCAGAUUAAUUCCAACAUUUCAGUUUUGGGUCUGCCCACUACCAUCCCAGGUCCUUGUUGCCGGCGCCUUCCUUGAUUACGUGCCGUGGUUGAAAAGAGAGGAAAUGGCGAGGAAGAAGAUCAGAGAGUAUGAUUCCAAGAGAUUGUUGAAGGAGCAUUACAAGAGAAUUUCUGGAUCCGAUUUGGAAAUCAAAUCUGCUCAAGUCAACGAGUCGACUGAUUUCAAUGAGCUAGUCAAUAAGGAGCCAUGGCUGUCAUCAACAAGACUCGUUGUCAAACCGGAUAUGUUGUUUGGAAAACGUGGAAAAAGUGGUCUUGUUGCUCUGAACCUUGACUUGGCUGGAGUCGCUGUUUUUGUUAAAGAAAGACUCGGCAAGGAGGUUGAGAUGGGCGGUUGUAAGGGACCGAUCACUACAUUCAUUGUCGAACCGUUUGUUCCACAUAAUGAGGAAUACUACCUAAACAUUGUCUCCGAGAGGCUUGGGGUUAGUAUUAGCUUUUCGGAAUGUGGAGGGAUUGAGAUUGAAGAGAAUUGGGACAAGGUGAAAACUAUCUUUCUGCCGACUGGUUUGUCAUUUACGUCUGAGGUGUGUGCUCCGCUCGUGGCAACGCUUCCCCUGGAGGUUAAACCUGUGAUCGAGGAGUUCAUCAAAGUUAUCUAUGCUUUGUUCAUUGAUCUCGACUUCACUUUCCUUGAGAUGAAUCCUUUUACGUUGGUCGAUGGAAAGCCUUAUCCUUUGGAUAUGAGAGGCGAGCUUGACGACACUGCUGCCUUUAAGAACUUCAAAAAAUGGGGAAAUAUUGAAUUCCCGUUGCCAUUCGGAAGAGUCAUGAGUGCAACAGAAAGCUUUAUUCACGGUCUUGAUGAGAAGACGAGCGCUUCUUUGAAGUUCACUGUCUUGAACCCGAAGGGCCGAAUUUGGACAAUGGUUGCUGGUGGAGGCGCAAGUGUCAUCUAUGCAGAUACUGUUGGAGAUCUCGGGUAUGCGUCCGAGCUCGGGAACUAUGCAGAAUACAGUGGCGCCCCUAAUGAAGAGGAGGUCUUGCAGUAUGCUCGAGUUGUUAUUGAUUGUGCGACGGCAGAUCCCGACGGCAAGACGAGAGCCCUCGUAAUUGGAGGUGGAAUAGCCAACUUCACCGAUGUUGCCGCCACAUUCAACGGCAUUAUCCGGGCUCUAAAAGAAAAGGAGGCGAAGCUCAAGGCUGCAAGAAUGCAUCUGUACGUGAGGCGAGGAGGGCCGAAUUACCAAAAGGGCCUUGCAAGAAUGCGAACUCUGGCGGAAGAAAUCGGUGUCCCUAUUGAGGUUUAUGGACCUGAGGCAACCAUGACUGGGAUAUGCAAACAGGCCAUAGACUGCAUCAGUGCUGCUGCUUGAACUUGAAGAUGAUGGAAACGCAUUCUAUUGCACUUGCUGAUUUACCUAUCCUGUCCUAUCCUCUUUUUACUUUUGUUUUCUGCUCAAUGUCCCUUCCUUUCUUUCUUAUAAUUGACAAAUAAACAUUUUGUUGCUAGGUACAUGUACUACUGUAUUUCAUUAGACCUUUUAAAGUCACAAUCUAGACCCUUUAUUUCGUUA